AUGCAUUUCUACACCCUUGCUGCUGUUCUCGCUGCCGUGCCCUCGACACUUGCGUGUCUCGGCUACAGCGGUGGCCUUCCUAAGCACACUGGUACCAAGACCCUUGGCGCUCCUCAGUACAUCGGCAAAGGUCAGACCUUUGAUGCUGGUUGGGUCAAGUAUGACCGUGGCGUCAAAUGUACCGGCCAGUCUGAAGGCGGUGAGAAGGACACUGUUUUUGUCCUUGAAGACGGUGCCAAGCUGCGCAACGUCAUCAUCGGUGCGAACCAGAAAGAAGGCGUGUACUGCAAGGGUUCAUGCACUCUUGAAUUUGUCUGGUUCGAGGACGUCUGCGAGGAUGCCAUCUCCAUCAAGGGUAGUGGCACCGCCAACAUCAUCGGCGGUGGUGCAUACAAGGCCGCAGACAAGAUUAUUCAGCACAACGGUUGUGGUCAUGUCAACAUCAUUAACUUCUAUGCCAAUGACUACGGCAAGGUCUACCGAUCUUGUGGUAACUGCAGUGGAAACUGCCGUCGCUCCGUGCAUAUGGAGGGAACUACUGCUGUCAACGGUGGUGAGCUCAUGGGUAUCAACCUCAACUACGGUGACAAGGCUACUUACUCCAACAACUGCUUCCCCAAGGUUCAAUGCCAGGGCUACAAUGGCUGUGACAAGAAGAAUGGUGCUUGCGAGCCCUCAAAGGCUGGAACUUGCUAG